AGUGUUGGUAACAAUGGGAGAAAUAUAACCGAAGAACAGCUCUAUGAUUAACAGAACUCAUGACUCAUGUCAUGUGUAUACAAGGCACGUCAAUAGCAAAAAUCUCCUAACCUGUGUAAUUUACAUAAAAUUAUGUAUAUAAAUGUAAAAAAUACACAUUCAAAACUUUAAACAUUCAUUAGACUAGAUCUAGCAACAAGGAGACAUUCUCUCAUACGCCGGCAGUGAAAUCAACAUGGCUCUUGCAUUUGAACGUAAUCAACUUGGAAUGCGACUGACUGGCGGGCCAUGCACUGUUCCCAACAACCCCAAGGCGAAAUUGAUGUACUAUCUAAAUUGUAUGGCGACGGUCUUAGAGUUGGACGAGUUGCCCAGCGUGUUUACAAACUAUCAGAAUUACUCUGCAUUGAACAACACGAUGACCAAGCAUCUGGUCGACUUCUGCAAGCUUUUGUCGCCUAAUCUACUCGAGGGGAAAUGCAUUUUCCAAGUUAGCGAUCUUGGCGGAACGAACAACAAAUUUGUCGAACUCUCGUCAGCGAAGACAACAAUGGUCGCGACAUCUAGCGUCAUGAUGGCGGGAAGAAACGUCCAGGUUGCCAAGGUGAUGCUGUACACGCCAGCAUGGCGACGUAAUAAUUACGAUCAGCCAAUCGUAGAGGUCGCCAACAGCCUGAAGAGGGGUUGCAUUGUGAUGUAAACUCAGUGUAACCUACCAUACUAAAGGCCAUGUUACACGGUGCAAUUUUUCUUGCACUUGCAAUGUAAUUCUACUUUUAAGAGAUGUAAAUUAGUG